UGGUCCGUCACGCAAGGGGGCGUGGCUUCGCCAUAACAAUGCAUUUGAAGAAACAUACACGCGCCAAGGAAUGUUUUUUCGCCGUUGGAACUGUACGGUUUCGUUCGUCGCACGUUUAGCUGUAUUUUCUGCUCAGGUGGACGCUGUCGUCAAAGCAAGCUCCUUGUUUUGCGGAUACCACAUAACACCCUAUGCUGCAGUCGAGAGCGUGCGGUGGCUGGCUAACGUUAGCAAGCUAAUACAACAACCCAGCUUCGUCGGAGGAUAUAAUUGUUUAAAACCAGUCGGGACGACGCGGUGCUCAAGUGGACACUGUUAUAUAUUUUUAAAAUCUCCUUUCGGAAGAUUCUGUUCGAUUAGAGACGGUUAUAUAAUCUACAAGGAAUAAACUUGGCGACAUUUUGGAAGGUUAAAACACCUGCAGUCUUUCCGAGGAAGCAAAAACUAGCAAAGAAAGGUAAAGACAAUCAGAGGCAACUUACAAGUGCCUCCACAAUAAAGUUUCCUCUCCCGGAGCGUGACUCGUCUGCACGACGUCACCAAUGCGACCAUGGGAAAUAGCAGUAAAUAGGCUGCCACCAACAGCCCCCUUAAACCCCAGGAGGUUCUUUGGAGAGCCCUGCAACGCUCCAGUGCAUCUCAGGAGAAGUCCACCAGUGAGACGCCAGUGGGGGAGACGAGACAGACCCGUCCUGCACGGUUCCCCAGUCCAGGAUGAGAACUUCCAUCAGCUGCUUUUCUCCCAACAUCCCCAACAGAUUGCUUUAGAUGAGUCUAGACAGUUCAGCCUCACCAGCACAGCACCACGCAUGCUCCACCCUGCUGCCCACCUGCCCCAGCAGAGCCCCAUCAUGGUGGAUCUACACGAUCAGAUGCACCAGGGAUCGGUUCCGAUCUCGUACACUGUUACGACUGUGACGACCCACGGGUUUCCUAUUCACACCGGGCAGCCCCUUCCAGGGUGCAGCGCUCAGCAGCUCCCAGCAUGCUCGGUAAUGUUCAGCGGACAGCUCUCUCUGCUCUGCUGCCUUCCUCCUCCUCUCAUACAGGCAUGUACCAUGCAGCAUAUUCCUGUGUCUUAUCAAGCCUUCCCACCGCUGAUCUCCAGCGAGCAUUUUGUAUUGCACCCGACCCCAUCUGUACCCCCCCACCAGCCGCCGCACCUUGCUCCUUUGAGCCAGUUUGUCCCUUUACAGCCUCAGCACCCACGCAUGCCUCUACAGAGGGUAGAGAAUGAAGUUGACCUAAGAGGAGACCAGCACCCAUUAGGCACCUUCUCCUACCCUCCCUCACAUCACCCACCAGCACUGCCUCCUUCACUGCCCCUACAGUAUCUUCCUCAAGAGCCUCUGCAUCAGGAGCUUCCUUUCGGAGUGCCAUAUCCCCACAUGCUGCCGAGGCGAGUGAAUGGACAGAGAUACCGGCUGCAGCAGCCUCUCCCCCCUCCUCCUCCUCCUUACUACCCAGGCUUCCUCCCUUAUUUCUU